AUCAGGUGGGGAGUCAGCUGAUUUCAUCCCAAACAGGAAGAGGAAGUGACAAACAGCCAUGCUAAUAUAGUGCUAUUUUGUGCUCGUUUUACUUGAUAAGAGAAGUGCUGAAGCUUAAAGAUGUUUGGCGGGGAAGAUGAAGACGGAGACUUUCUGUCCCCAACAGGAGGAGCUAAGUUGGCCUCCCUUUUUGGACUGGACCAGGAAACCAGUCAAGGAAACGAGUCCUUCCAAUAUACAGCCCCCAAGCAGCCCAGGAAGGCCUCCAAUCUCGCACCAGAGAGUCAGAAACAGCCUGGAGCUCCUACAGUGUUACAUGCCUCAGCAGUUCAGGCCUUUAAAUACAUUAAUGGACAAUAUGUGAAGCAAGGAAAACUGGGAGCUGCUAUUCUGGGCAACCAUGCAACAAGAGAGUACAAGCUUCUGCUGUAUUUGAGCCAACAGAAACCAGUGACUGCUGCCAGGAUUCAUUUGGGCUUUAUUUUUACGGUACAGCUGAACAAAUAUUGCACCUUUUAUGAUGACCAGAGGCAGAACUGGUCCUUGAUGUUUGAAUCUGAGAAAAACGCAUCUGAUUUUUGCAAAGAGGUGUGUUUGGCCAAGGCAAAUUGUUCCUCCUCUUUAGAAACUGUGGUGACUCAGGAUCUGAGUCUUGGUGAGGGCCAAGCUGUGGAGAACGGAGACUCUGUAGAGGUGGAAUACACUGGCUGGCUCUUCCAGAACCACUCCAUCGGACAGAUGUUUGAUUCGAACAUCAACAAAGAUAAGCUUCUACGACUUAAAAUCGGAGCAGGGAAAGUAAUCAAGGGAUGGGAAGAAGGUAUGCUGGGGAUGAAGAAAGCUGGCCGCCGUCUCGUUAUCAUCCCACCCAGUCUAGCUUAUGGAUCCAAGGGAUUUCCGAAUCGAGUCCCACCUAACAGCACCCUGAUCUUUGAAGUGGAGCUGCGACGGGUAAAGUUUUCCAAAGAAAGUGGAUCGGAUCAAACAAGCGCCAGCUCCAGAGAGUCUGCUGCUCCCUCCCCAGUACCAUCUCCAGCCCCCAGUGUAGAAAGUCUGUCCUCAGAGCCUUCGUCAGCAUCGGGCAAACCAGGGGAGCCACCACUCCGAGCCAAAUCAAACUCUUUGGGUGAACAGCUGGGGCAGCAGAAUCCAGAUGCCACAAAAGCAAAGCUGAUUUCUCGCAUGGCAAAGAUGGGGCAGCCCAUGCCCUUUCUGACCGGAGCCGCCAGCCAACCUGAAUCUAGCGACUCGGAACUAGAGGACACCAGCAUCAACAGAGUGAAGGGUUACACUGCAGCUCCAUCUUCACUGCCGAUCACAGCUCCAACUCCUGCUUCCACAAUGGUCUAUCCUCAUCCUCACACUGCUCCGUCAUCUGCCUUACUUCCUGUCAUUCCCUCUGUCGGCCCUUAUUCUGGUCUUCAAGGAGGCAGCCAUGCUUUUCAGACCUCUACAGCGCCGUCUCAGAUGCAGGCCGUUGGCCAGGUUUACCCUCCUCAGGCCGUCCCAUAUGUAGGUUCUGGGGAUUUGACCUCCUUCUUGAUGACAGAGGCUCGGCAGCACAACACAGAGAUCCGAUUAGCCAUGGGAAAAGUGGCUGAUAAGGUGGAUCAACUAGCCACCAAAAUUAGUGAUCUUGAAAGACAAGGAACUCAUUCUUCUGGUGUUUCUGGAAUGACGAUGGAAACUUCUAUGAUUGUGCACAACAUUAACCGAAUUGUUCAGGAAAAUGAAGCUUUAAAAAAGGAAUUGUUUGAAAAGAGCUCUCGUAUAGAGGAGCAGAACCGUAAGAUUGGGGACCUAAUCAACCAAAACCAGAAAUACAUGGAGCAGAGUCACCAGAUGCUGGAACAGAGGAACGACACCCUCAAGUCCUCCAGUGAACAUAGCCAGGCCAGAUUACUGCAGGCUGAGCAAGACAAGCAGCAUGCUCGGCCACUGGACCAGGUCCGUCUGACAGAGGAGCUGGCUUCGUCCACUGCACGGGUCUCUCAGCUGCAGCUUGAAGCUACAGCUCACCAACAGAAGGCCAUAAAGCUUCAGUGUGAGCUCAGCUCAGUGUUGCAGGACAGUGAGAGCCACUGCAAACGCAUUGCUGCCCUGGAAGCACAGCUCGAAGAGCUGAAGGAGGCUGCAGACAGGGCUCAGAAUCAGUACCGCUCAGAGAAGCAAAGGCGCAAAGAGAUGGAGCUGAAAGUCAGUUCCAUGGAAGAGGAGCUGCAGGACCUGAAAUCAGAUAAAGAGAACCUAGAACGAGCUCUAUCAGAUAGGAAGAAGAAGUGGCAGACAGAACGUCAGCAUCGAGAAGAGGAGAUGGAGGAGCUCCGGAAGAACAACCUGCAGGAACUUGAAAACCUUCGAGCUCAGCUCCGGAAGGCCAGGACCUGCAAUGACAGUGCUGCAUCAGAGCAGCUGUCUCAGCUGCAGGCAGAGCUAGAAGAAGAAUGGAAGAGGAAGAGUGAGCAGAUGUUAGCUGCAGCUAAAGAACAGCACCGCAGAGAGCUGGCAGAAUUAGUGGAGAACAGGGACACACAUCAGGAGAUGCUAGCAACUGAGGUGAAACGUGUGAUGAAUGGAGUGUUUCAUUCUCUGCGGGCAGAGUUUGAGGUCAAUGAAUCGUACAGUGGCAAGGCUGUGCUGGGGGUGAUUGUCACAACCAUCAAGAAUGUAACCCUGCAGCUGCUGAGUGGCAAAGAUCCAUCCCAACUAAAACCAGAUAACAAAGAAGAUGAAAAUGAGGAAAGUCAGGAUGUGAAACAACCGGAAAAGAAAUGUAAUGUUCAAGUUAAUGGGGAAAGAGAAGUGAAAGAGGAAGAGAUGGUUGAGGAGGAACAUGUGGCCGAUGCAAAUUAUCACCAAGUCAAUGAAGCUGAGAAUGUUCAGGAGGAGGAACCAGAAAUGGCGAAUAAGUCAGAGACACCAAGCCAAGCAGGCGAUUCUGAAGCUGUUGGUCUUCAGUCCGUUUCCUGCACUGAAUCUGCAUUUCAGGAUCUGGAAAGGCAACAAAUAGCAUCAGAGGUUAAGGAAGAAGAACAGGAGCAACUAUCUGCUACACAUACUAACGAAGCAGAUAUGAGCAAGCGUUUGGGUCCUGAUGAUGAGACCCCUCUGCCUACAGAUGAUCAAGAAAAAGCUGCUGAAGUGAGCAGCGGGGUAGAUGUUAAGGGAGAUUCAGAAAGUGUGGAUGAUACAGAUAAUGUUUCAGAAAUAAUUGCUGUUGCUGCUUCUCUGAAAGCAUUUGGACCCCCAGCCAACCCUCCUCCGCCUCCAAUGGCUGAGCAUAAUAACUCUGGAGAUGACAAAAGUCUGACUGAAGGAAUUGGUGAGGAAAAUGGAGAAGAGUCAUUUUUCCAGAGCACGCCUCCUUCCAAACCCCCUGCUGCCGCAAGUGAGGAGGAAGAGGAGGAUGAUAUGAGCUUAAAGGGGCGUCCACCACCCGCCCCUCUGUUUGGUGACGAUGAAGAAGAUGAAGAUCUGGACUGGCUGAGCUGACUUCAGCCCUGGUUGUUGGCUCUGUCCUUUGGAGCAUCCGGGACAGAAACCCAGCCACUUUACACUCUGAUUGUGGAACAUAAAACAUCUCUGUACUGCAAUGAAAAAUCAAUUCCCUUUACUUUAUUCUCAAAGAACCUGUUGUGGAUGUUAUUUUUAUGUCGCACUUAGCAGAUCAGAUUUUCUAAAAUCCCCAUUAGUGACCUUUUCAGUUUUAAACAAUGUGACACGGUUUUUAAGAAUAACCAUUUUACUCACAUCAGAUUCAUGUUGCAGUAUUUGGCCUGGCUUUUUUUUUAAAUGUUAAACUCUUUCUUAAGAGCAGUUUCAUAUGGGAAAUUCAGGAAUUUUACUAAUACAUGUCAGCAUUCUUUCCCUAAUGUAAUUAAAUUAUUCCUACAAUACAAUU